AUGGAUGACUCUUCCAUCAAGAGGUUUAAAUCGCAAAACGUAUCCUAUAGUUUUCCAGAAUCGAAAACUGAUUCUAAAGAAACAUUCAACAGUUAUAAAAAACUCCCGUUCUCUAAUAAACAAAACAAAAAUAGAGAUGAUUAUACAGGACUUAAUGAUGUAAGAAAAAGGCCCGAAACAUUUGACAAGGCACAUAGCUUAUACCUCGGAACAAAAAUACAACCAGCAUGGGAAACAAGAACACUUAAAAUAAAUCCAGUGACCAGCGAUGAUCUGUCAAGGUUCCUGGGAAACGAACAUCACACACAAAGAUGGUCGAUCAUUAGUCAAAUUAUGUUCAUUUUGCUCUACAAUUUGCGUCGCCUGCCGUUCUUGUGGAGUAUUUUUAUAUUUCUGUGUCAAGUGAUUGCACCCUUCAUCUUGCCUUACGGAGUGCCCAGAACACCGUGGUACUCGAGCGCAGUCCCGCUGUUCUUUUCAUUGUUCAUGUCAAUUUUCGUAAACGUGCUAGAAUUCAAAAAGAGGUAUAACUUAGGUCGGUUCCUUGACAACAAAAAGUGUGUUUUGUUAAAUGACGGGAAACUAUCUAGCGUGAGAAGCGGCGACGUUGCAGUUGGGAACAUACUUAAGCUAAGUUGUGAUGAGCAAGUACCAGCAGAUUGCGUGGUUCUAUAUACAAGUAACCCAGACGGAGCAUUGUACCUUGACGCAUGUUACCUAGACGGGCAAACAGACCUUAAAACAAAGUACAGUAUAAAGGACUUUAAAAUAGAGUCGUCGAUACGAAGUUAUAAUAAUUUAAAGGGUAAUAUUAUUUGCGAUAAGCCAUGUCCUGAUAUGAACAAAUUUUCAGGGUUACUGAAGAUAAAGGGUUAUCCAAGGCCCUGCAACAUAACGGUUGAUAAUUUUAUAAUGAAAGGAUCCAUUCUGAGAAACACAAGCUACGUAUAUGCAGUUGUGGUCUACACAGGCCCCGACACCAAGGCCAGCCAGAACUUUCUGAGGAUUUUAAAGCCAAUCAAAAUAGGAUGUCUGGAGCAAACGAUAAACGGAAUAUCCAUAUUCCUGGGCCUCAUCUAUGUUACAUGCCUCACGACCAGUAUCAUCGUGAGGUAUGUAACGGUUUUGAAAGGAGUUGGCAAAUUCAGCAAAAACUUACAAAGCCCAGUAAAUUCGCUUCUGUUCAUAAUAUUCAGAUUCGUCGUACUAUACUCUCCCAUUAUACCGACCACACUUCCAGCAAUAAUGGACCUGCUCAGACUUCUAUAUUCACCCUUUUACAACACCUACUCCGAAAGCAUAAUCAAAAAUCUUAACAAAAAGGCUCCAAAUGAGGUUACAGGAGGAACCUGGACCCUAAAUAGUGGUUUGUGCGAAGAGCUUGGGCUUGUGGACUUUAUUUUCACCGACAAAACUGGAACACUCACAACAAAUAACCUCUCAAUUACACUUGUCACUAUUCUCAGUAAAAGUUUCACGCCAAAACAACUCAUACACUCCUAUCAACCCUCACAUGGUUCUUUCAACUCGAACUCGACUAAUGGCCACUCGCCAGAGAGAGUUAACGGAAAAGUAACGAGGGAGAAUACUGAGGAGAGUGAGCACUUUAUGAGACUGCUGUGCAUAUGUAAUCCUUGCUUGAACAUGGAUUCAGAAGACAGUUACAACUCGUACUCUUCAAGCUACAAGUCGAAUUAUUCAAGAGCAUAUUCGUUCAAAUUGAGCCACUUUAAAACGAAGUCUUUCGAUAGGUUCCACAUCGACGGAUCUGAGGAACAGUUCGAUCAGAACUCCAAUUCCGUUAACCUGGAAGAUCAAUUCGACCAGAAUAGUUCUAAUAUUGCAGAUAACUCUAUAGAAAUUGAAGAGGAGGAGGAAGAAGAUGAUGAUGAAGUGGAGAAUUUGCCGAUGUACAAAAAGACUAAGAGUAAAGCACAUUUUGGGACAGUCUCAUAUAUCAAUGACGAAAACAUAUCAAAAGAGUUGUUUAACCUGAGUAAUAGAGAGAGUAUUAAGCUGGAAGAGAGGAAAUAUUUGACAUGUAUAAGUAAGGAAGACGAGUGCAUGGUAAAUUUGGCCAACGAUUGCGGGUACUUUGUGUCCAACAGGACGAGGGAUAAGAUUGCGGUGAACUGUAACGGGAAGUAUGUUAAUUAUGAGAUUUUGGCAGUGAACGAGUUUACAAGUACCAGGAAGAGGAUGUCGGUUUUGGUGACAAAUGUUCAAAAUAACGAGAAUUUAUUAUAUAUCAAGGGAGAGGCCCAUUCAAUGUUGUCGAUUAUAAAUGACCAAAAUACUAAAGUUGCAAUAGAAAGCAGACUUAAAAAGAACUCCAUAUUCGGAUACAGGGUUAUAAUUUGUGGAUACAGGUCGUUGACCUCCACUGAGGUGCUCGAAUACGAGUCGUCGGUUCUCAUGAACAGGGAGGGUUUGGACGAGUUGUGCACAAGAUUUGAGAGGGAUGUUAAUUACUUGGGAAUUAUAAUGUUCCGCGAUGAAAUACACAGAAAUAUAGUGAAAACCAUAGACUUGCUGAUGGAUUCAGGUAUUAGGAUUUGGGUACUGACUGGUGAUAACAAGGAGGCCACAAUACAAACAUGUUAUCUCACAAAGUUACUGGUGGUCCCGACGAACAUAUUCAUUAUCCAGAUCAAGGAUUUGUUGUCUGAUAUGAUCACGCCCAAGAGAAUGAGUGAUUCCCUGGGUAGCGAGACAGACACUGUUACCGAUAAAAUUGACAUGCUAGUUGAUACCAUAUACAACAAGUAUAUCCUGGAGAGGAAUAACACCAAUGACCAGCUGUGCCUGAUCAUAGAGUCUGAAGACUUGGAGAUUAUUAUGCAAAGUAACAAGGGUCAGCAGAUUUUCAUGAACAUGGCUUGCUCGUCGGAUGUUGUGAUAGGUUGUCUUCUAACCCCAAUUCAAAAGGGACAGCUAGUGCAAAUGGUUAAAACAAAGAUGAUUCCCACUCCCAUAACAUUAUCAAUAGGAGAUGGAAUAAACGACAUCCAAAUGCUCCAACAGUCUCACCUUUCAAUUUGUAUUUUAAACACAGCGUCAGAUGAUACAUCAGGUAAUAAAAAAAAUAUGCAAUUUGGCGGACCUUCAAAUUCGUUUAACGCCCACAACAACGUUCGUCCCGAUAAAAAGAAUGAUGGAGCUGAUAAGGAUUACAGUCACGAUUCAGUUGAUAAGAAUGAUACUGCAGAAUCUUCAGAAACUACCUCUAACAAUAGGAAUCAUGAUAGCAAAGAUUUGAACCUGGAAAAAAGUAUAUAUUCAGACAACCUGGAGGGUAAUAGUGAGAAGUUGGUGAUAAACAAUGACAUAGUUGGUUACUGUGAUUUUUGCGUGGACAGCUUCAGUAACAUCAGGGAGCUUUUAUUUAAGCAGGGAACUAGAAUGCUCAAGUCUACAUCGCUCAUAAUUUACUUUACGAUUUACAAAGGACUUAUCUUUAUACUGCCUAUUUUUUAUUACCAAAUCUUUACAAACUGGGUUGGACUUGACCUCUACGGAUCACUGAUCACGAUCCUCUAUCACCUCAUUUUCACAUUCAUCCCCCUCAUCAUGUUCAUUCUCUUUUACCAAGAUAUUUCAUACGAGAUUUAUAACCACAUUUCAAUUCUAUAUACCAUCAGUAGGAGAAGAAUGUAUUUGAAUAUAAAUAAUAGUUUGUAUUGGAUGCUGGAGGGGAUUUUGGGUUCAUUUGUAAAUUAUUUACCCUUGCAUCUGCUGGUGAUAAGCAACGAUAACAUAUACAAAAGUGAGGUUAUAAGUAACAGAACCUUUGGUCUGUUGAUUAGUGUGUCCUCAAUAAUAAUCUUCAACACGAAGCUCUUGAUAAAUUACACUCCAAACACAAAACUCUUCAGGUUCAUCAGUGUAGUGUACUAUCUGGUGUCAGCCCCGCUGUAUCUCGGGAUAAUAUAUUUUUCCAGCAGGCGUUCUUUGAGGCUCUCGUCGUACCAAAUACUCAGAAUCGUGCCGUUUUACAUCUUAAUUCCAGUGUGGAUCACCUUCACAGUCAUCUUAAACAUCCUCUCGAACCUGCUUCAGCUUUACAUUCUGCCGAAUCUGAUCAAGCACAUCAAACUCUACAUCAUCAACAAUAACAACACGAUCAACUUUAAAAAUAUCAAAAGCACAUUCAACUUCAAGAACAUUAACAUAAAGAAUUUGAUGCCGGUUUCGAGGCCAUUUAAGGUUAAGAACAUUCACGGAGUGACUAGUAAGUUUGAGUCCGGAGUUACAGAGAAUAACAUAAACAAGCUUAUUAACAUUUACACUCUGAGGUUCAAGGACAUUCAGCUGGAGUCCGACUACAGGCUUGACAAGAACAAGAAACACUACUACGAAAACGGACACUGGUACAAGAUCAUCUUCAUUUUGCUUUUCUUGUACUAUUUGAGCAGUUUCGUAGUCGAGUAUUUGGUUCAGAAGAGGUGGUUCAAGACCCCAGUAGUCUACUGCAUAGUUCCCACUCUGCUCCUGGAAAUUGUACUAAUAAUCUGUAUCAUAAUCUCCUUUAAUCAAAGACUGUUCAUCAAGUUCAUCAACCACAUUCUCUACUCCCUGGUCACCUUUAUGAUCAUUCUUCACGUCUCAAACAGGUUCCUACUCAAGUCAACUUCCUGGCUCCACACGGUACUCUUCCCUAUCUUCACCUUCGUGAUCCUCAGAAUACCCUUCAUAAUCUCAGUUGGACUUAACCUCAUCUUCUCAAUAAAUACGUUAGUCUCGAUAAAUAGCACUAAUAUUCACACAUUGCCAUUGUUUGUUGGGAUAAACAUAUUUGUCGGAUUUGUGGGAUAUGACUUGGAGUACAAGUCCAGAAGUAACUUUAUAAUGGAGUUCUCUGUGCUGAAUUACAGACAGAAGCAGAGCGAGCUUCUGAACACGAUGCUGCCAAAGAUUGUUGUUUCGAAGAUGAUUAACGCAAAGCUUAAUGAAAACGGAAUUCCAAUCGGGUUUGAAGCAGAGAGACAUGAAAAUGUUACUGUCAUUUUCGCAGACGUGUAUAACUUCCAGGAGCUGAUAGCCACCAUUGAGCCACACAGGCUGGUGGAAAUUCUUGACACUCUGUUCCUAUCUUUCGACAGGUGUUCAAAGGAGUUUAACGCCAUAAAAAUCGAGACUGUCUCCGAGACAUAUCUCACCUCAAUGGGCUUAAAUACCUCUGCCUCCUCCCAAACAAAUUCACUAGGAUUGACAUCAGAAAGCUCAGAAAAUGGACAAUCGAAGACCAAAAAAUCCAGAUCCACUUUGGGUAGGAAAAGUAGAAGAAGCAAGGACAUUGCGAUUGAUACAAUUAUCAACAGGUUCGAUUCCUACGUUCAAGCAGCUUCAUCCUCUCUUGAUAUGUCCAUCGCUAUGCUUCAAGUUGCCACUACCAUCAAACUUAACAAUAAUGAAAGUAUUGGAGUGAAAAUUGGUAUAAACAGUGGAUAUGUGAUUAGCGGACUAGUGGGAAGCAAGAAGCCGCAGUAUGCCUUAUUUGGGGACACUGUGAACACAGCAAGCCGUAUGAAGAUGACGGGCGAAGUGGGUAAAAUUCAUAUUUCCGAGAGCACUUACGAGCUUGUGAAAAAUGAUAAGACAUUGGAAUUUAUUAACCGAGAGAUUGAGGUAAAGGGCAAGGGAGUGAUGAAUACUUACCUGUUGGAAAAGGCACUUGGGACCAGUUACCCAAACUUCACGAACUCAAACAAUAAUCUCCACGAAGUAGACAUUUACUACAACAUGCUCAACAAGAAGAAUUAUUCGGCCUCUGCGUACGGAGACGGUUCAUCUGCCUCUGGUGAGACUAUUGAGAACGUUCCCCUGAGCAGUAGAGAAUUGAAUGGCCCCGAAGUGUCACUAAGUGAUGAGGAAAUUAACAGGAUAAAGAAUAGGAGAACGAACAUAAACAGAGCAGUUGGAAACGAGGAUGAUUUGUACGAUAAUUUAUACGAUUACAACACUCUUAACACCAGUUACUCCUCAUUUACAGUCGGAAGUCACAAGAGAAAAUGCUUCAAAUUCAAGAGGGAUCCAUCCUUCAUGAGCAAGUCCACCAGCAUGAGACUUACUCGCAGAUUCGCCAGCAGACUUAGCACCAAACAUCACUCGUCAUUCUCCAAAAGCAGGUUCAGCAUGCGUUCUUCGAAAAACACUGCGAGUAUCGGAAGCUCGAGUAUCGUCUCGAGCCUUACUACUCCCAAAGAUAGGAAACGAAAAUCAGACCAAUUCUAUCAAAUUAAAGAAGGUGAUGAAAUACAUAUGAAAAAGAAUGAGAGCAUCUUAUUGAAGUUUAAUGAUAAGUUGCAAGAAGACCGAUACAGGAAUAACUUUUACAAUAACGUAAAUAACAUUUCUAUAAACGAAAACGCGCUGUUUAUUUUCCUGAUCACGUUCAUAGUCCAGAGCAUAAUUAACAUAAAUGUGCCUCGGAUUUACGUCCAAGAUAACAGUAAGCUCAUUGUGUAUUUGAAUUACAUUCUAUACUGGACCGUCCGGUGCUUCUUCAUCCUAAUGUCUUUCAUUCUUUGGAUGCUUUUCCACUACAACUUCUUCAUACAAAACAAGGAGGAUAAUAAGAAGAUUAAGAUCUGUACCUUCUUCGUCAACCUGUUAUUCGUCUCAGCAACUUGUAUAUUCGCUCUUUCCAAUUCUUGGUCAAUUAAACGAACUGAACAUAUCGAUUAUAAUUUAUGGCUGAAUAGUGACAGUGUUGAGUUUUACUUUUACUUGAUUCUUUUACAUCACAGCACCGGAAUGCUCUUUCAAAACUGUUUGCUUAUCGAUUCUCUAUUUCUGGUCCUGUCAAUGACCUUCAUCUCAUCCUCAGUCCAAAACAACGAAAACACCGUAACGGCACUCUUCACUAUACCAAUAUGCAUUUUAUUCAACUUAUUAUCGGCUCACUGCAAAGAAUCAAUUGAUCGCAAGAAAUAUUAUACAAAUGAGAAGGCAUAUAUGAUUGAAACUAGAAUAAAUCAGAUAUUGGGUGAAAUGUUACCAAAGAGUAUUCUGGAGGAGUUUAAGCUCGAGAGACUGAAAAUGUGUUACAUUCACGAACACAUGUCAUUUCUAUUCUCUGACAUCGUUGGCUUUACUAAAUGGGCGGAAUCUGUUGACCCUUCCGAAGUCAUUGCACUUCUUCAAAAACUCUUUGCAAACUUUGACAGAAACACUACUAAUUUUAACCUUUAUAAACUCUGCACCAUUGGAGAUGCUUAUGUGGCAAUCUCAGAACCAAAAGUCAUAGAUAAUCAGGACAUGAGGAUAAAGGAUUUGGAGAAUAUCUUGUUAAUGGCUUACUCUAUGAUACACAUAAUUGACGAAACUAGCAAAAUUUUCAACAUACCGGAUUUGAAGAUGAGGAUAGGGUUACAUUAUGGAAGUUGUAUUGGAGGAGUUAUUGGAUCAGGGAGACUUAGGUAUGACGUUUGGGGCACUGACGUUUACACUGCGAAUAUGAUUGAGAGUAACGGAGUUCCAGGCGAGGUUUGCGUUUCGGAGAAGUUUCGGGAUAUAAUAUCACAACAUUUCCCCAACAGGUUCAAGUUCGAGCAUCACAAAGAUAUUAACAUCAUCGACAAAACCAUCAAAAGCUUUAUCAUCAGAAAUAAAGCGAAGGAAGGUCUGCAAAAGACAUACUUUUCUCACCUGAACUUUGCAGAUGUCGGCAAUGUGUAG